AUGAUCGAUCCCCCCACAUACAUGGAAGAAAGACUGAGGGAAGCAUCUGCUUUGGGGGACCUGGAAGAAGUGCAGAAACUGCUCAGCUCCGGGGGCGGACGUCAACUCCCAGAAUGAGAUCAACGGCUGGACCUGCCUUCACUGGGCUUGUAAACGCAAUCACCUUCACGUCGUGUCCUACCUGCUAGAAGCCGGGGCUGAUAAAGAGAUCUUCACCAACAAAGGAGAGAAAGCCGCUCAGCUCACCUCCAAGAGAGAAAUCAAGAGAGUUCUGGGAGUGGAGGAUUUAGAAGCGGAAGAAGUUAGGCCUGAACCCGAUUUAUCUUUUGUCCCGAAUUACCUCGCCAAUCCGCCUUUCCCGUACAGUUACACCCGCGACAGCGCUGCCAAGCAAGAGACCACCCCCGCAGCGUUCGCGGAAAAACGGAAACCCGCACAUCGCACCCGCCGCCACCCACCGCCAGCUUUCCUUUGCUAAGCAACGGCGUGGAAAACAUUCAACUGACUUCUUCCGUGAAGAAAGAGGACAAGUUCCCGGCUUUGUUUUACAACGGCGAAGUACAGAUCCCGCAAGAAUGUGCGCACUCUCGCCUGUACAGACUGGAUCCGUGUGCCAGACGCCGGUCUCCCAGAACCGCGGGAUGUUCUCGCCUGUUCCGUCUAAUCUUCCACACAGCGCCGCUCAUGGUGGACCUAUGCAAGUCUUUCAGCCGUUCUUCUUCACUGGAGCCUUCCCUUCCAACAUGAAAGAACUAGUCCUGAAAGUGAGAAUUCAGAGUAAUGCCCCUGGUGACAACGAUUUCAUCGAGGUGGAGAUGGACAGGGAGGCCCUGACCUACAGAGAGCUGCUCCGAGUCUGCUGCUAUGAGCUGGGCGUCAGUCCAGACAACGUGGAGAGAAUCCGCAAACUGCCGAACACUAUGCUCCGGAAGGAUAAAGAUGUUGCAAGGCUUCAGGAUUUCCAGGAGCUGGAACUGGUCCUGAAAUAUGACCACAGUCCCUUCAGAUCCGGGACACUGACUGAUAGACCAUGCUUCAACAAGAAGGCUUCACAGCUAACCUACUGA